AUGCGCAGUGACAUGGCGUAUCGCGGGCUCUCGCAGCACGUGGAGCUAGAUCGCGCGGCGGACCCGCGCGACCGCUUUACGCUGCAAGAACUGAUAGGCGAGGGCACAUACGGCGAGGUCUACUGCGCAAAGGACAAGAAGACUGGGCGCCGGGUUGCUAUAAAGAUCUUAGAAAACAUAGCCGAGAACAUAGAAGAAAUAGAAGAAGAAUUUCUCGUUUUUAGAGAUCUAUCAUCUCAUCCUAAUAUUCCAGAAUUUUUCGGUUUAUUUCUGAAACGAGGAAUAAGCUCAGAAGAUGACCAAAUAUGGUUUGUUAUGGAACUCUGUACCGGCGGUUCAGUCACUGAUUUAUGCGCAGGAAUGCGCGCUCGGGGCAACAAUAUCACUGAACCUCAGCUUGCUUAUGUUCUUAGAGGAACUGUGCGAGCUUUGACUCACCUUCACGCUCAUCGAUGUAUGCAUCGUGAUGUUAAAGGUCAUAACAUACUUCUCACUGAAAACGCUGAGGUAAAACUAGUCGAUUUUGGUGUAUCAUCCCAUUUGGCUGCUACAGCCGCGAGAAGGAAUACGUCAGUUGGUACUCCUUACUGGAUGGCCCCAGAGGUGAUAGCUUGUGAACAACAACUGGAUCAGUCAUAUGAUUGUAGAUGUGAUGUAUGGUCGGUAGGCAUUACAGCUAUUGAAUUAGCAGAAGGGGAGCCUCCGCUUUCAGGGUUACAUCCAAUGAGAGCACUUUUUCAAAUUCCCCGAAAUCCACCCCCAAGUUUAACCCAUCCAGAAAUGUUCUCACCACAGCUUACAGAUUUCAUAUCUGAAUGUCUCAUUAAAGAUAUGCUUCAAAGGCCAUUUGCGAGAGAACUUUUAGAACAUCCUUUAUUACUUGCUGUGAAUAAUUUUGAGGAUAAGAUACGAAAAGAACUACAUGCAGAGAUAAAGAGACAAAGAGCUGAAGGCAGAAGUUUUCGAGCACCAGAAGCCACUACUAAGCGAGGAAAAUUAAAAUCACAUCGAAAAGCUAGACCAGAAAGUAUGUACACAGAUGAUUUAGCGACUCUUGAAGUCCUGACUGAGGACGCUAUAGUUGAACAAAUUCAAAAUAGAUACAAUCAAAAUCAAAUUUAUACGUAUAUAGGAGAUAUUCUGGUGGCUGUAAAUCCUUUUACAGAUAUAGGAAUUUACACACCUAAAACUCAACAAAUAUACCAAAGUCGUUGUAGAUCUGAUAAUCCUCCACAUAUAUAUGCAGUAGCUGAUGCAGCCCAUCAGGCUGUUAUGCAUCAGAAACGUCAUCAAGCCAUUGUUAUAUCUGGUGAAAGUGGUGCGGGAAAAACGGAGUCCGCAAACCUAUUACUUAAACAACUUGUAUUUUUAUCGAAGUCACAACAUGGCAACCUCGAGGAGAAGAUUUUACAAGUAAAUCCAAUAAUGGAAGCCUUUGGCAAUGCGAGAACAGGAAUAAACGCCAACAGUUCAAGAUUUGGCAAAUAUUUAGAUUUGUCUAUGAUGAGAGUUGGGCGAAUAUCAGGCGCUCGAAUGUCUGUUUAUUUACUAGAACAAUCACGAGUUGUCCAUCAAGCCCUAGGUGAAAGUAACUUUCAUAUAUUCUACUACCUCUAUGAUGGCUUAGAAAGCGAAGGACGUUGGAGGAAGUUCUAUUUGGACGAGCAACUAAGAUCAAGACAUCGUUACCUACAGCCACUUUCUGUGACACAUCGUGAACAUAACGUCCAUAGGUGGCGCCAACUCAAUCAAGCUUUUAAGGUUGUGGGGUUUCAAGAUGAAGAGGUUAUUGUUUUAUACAAAAUGCUUGCUGCUAUCCUCCAUCUUGGUGAUAUUGAAUUCGGAGAAACUGCAAGCGAGGAUAAUACAGACAACCGAGCUACUAUAAUUGAUACUGCUCCGUUACAUAGAGCUUCUUGUCUCUUGGGAGUAGAAACAUCAGACCUUCGGGAGUGUUUAACCAGUAGCAGUAUGGUCACCAGAGGCGAAAUAAUAGCUCGACAUAGUUCUCCGGCGGAGGCUGCGGUUGCACGGGAUGCUACUGCCCGUGGUUUAUACGCCAGAGCAUUUGACAGAAUAGUAGAAAGGAUAAACGCACUUCUUUGUCAAAAUAGGCCUCAAAGUGCGGAACAACUAUCCAUUGGAAUUUUGGACAUCUUUGGUUUUGAAAACUUUCAGCAAAAUUCAUUUGAGCAACUCUGUAUCAAUAUUGCAAAUGAACAAAUUCAGUACUAUUUCAAUCAGCAUAUUUUUACAUGGGAACAACAGGAGUACAUGGCCGAGGGAAUACCAGUUGAUCUUGUUGAGUUUUCUGACAAUAGGCCUGUCCUAGACAUGCUACUAUCAAGACCCAUGGGUUUGCUGGCUUUGCUCGAUGAGGAAAGCCGUUUUCCUCGAUCCACAGAUCGAACUCUUAUUGAGAAGUUUCAUAACAACAUCAAAAGCAAGUAUUACGUUCGACCAAAAUCUGAUGCCGUUUGCUUCGCUAUUCAUCAUUUCGCUGGGAGAGUCGUAUAUCAAGCGGAUGGCUUUUUAGAGAAAAAUCGAAACUUUUUGCCACCUGAAGUAGUUCAAUUAAUGAGACAAAGUCAAUAUGAUAUUAUUCGAUUCCUAUUUCAAUGUCCUAUUACUAAGACGGGUAAUUUAUAUUCGCCUUUAAAAGGAGAUAUGAAUUCUAGAAGUAUAAAAAAAUCAAUUUCAGGUGACUUCAGGGACCGAUUUAACAGUCGAGGUUUAGCAUCUCAAUCUCGGGCGCAACAGACUGUUUCAACCUACUUCCGUUUUUCGUUAAUGGAACUGCUUCAAAAAAUGGUUAGUGGAAGCCCACAAUUUGUGAGAUGUCUUAAACCGAACGAUACUCGAUCACCAAAACAUUUUGACUCAGCGAAAAUACUUAAGCAGCUAAGGUAUACCGGUGUACUUGAAACAAUUAGGAUAAGACAAACUGGAUUUUCCCACCGUCUAACAUUCGAAGAAUUUAUAAAACGGUACGGUUUUCUAGCUUUUAGUUAUGAUGAAGAAGUUAAGCCAAAUCGUGAUUCUUGCCGCCUUCUUUUGUUAAGACUGAAAUUGGAUGGAUGGGCACUUGGGAAGUCAAAGGUGUUUUUGAAAUACCAUCACGUAGAAAUUCUUGCAAGGAUCUACGAGGAACAAAUAAGGAAAGUGAUACUUGUGCAAGCAUGUGCGAGAGCGUGGCUGGCACGACGUCUUUGUGAGCGUCUUAGGGCUCAAAUGGCCAUCUCAGUGUUAACGCUGCAGCGACAUGUUCGGGGCUGGCUCACGAGAAAACAUCUUAAAGAACGGCAUAAGCAACUUGCAAGAGAGUUCCAACGGGAGCAGAUGGAACAAGAUGAUAAUCAUCGAAGACAUCAAAAACCUGGUGUUGUUCCGAAUAAGAAUAAAGCUUUUAUUAAGGCUAAGCUGCUAAGGAAAACGACAAGUGAAGAAAGAGACAGCAUUGAGAGUGACUCAAGCAACAAAGAAAAUAAUAACAACCAAGCUGCUGUGAUUAUACAAAGCCAUUUUCGAGAAUACACGGCUCGUCGAAAAUGGGCAAGGGGUCGGACACCACCACCACCUCAACAUCCUCCGCCACCAACACCUCAGCAUAAGAUGCAACAAUACUCAGUACAAGAACGGGCAGCACAGUUGGAAACAUUCGCUGAUCAGGCUCACUAUAGAAAUCAAGACGUUCACAAAAAUCUUAGGCGCAACAAGCCUGGGAUUCGGUUAAUAGACGUAGAGAGACCUCCGGACGAGUAUCGUCCUCCACCUGGAUUUACUCUUAUACCCGCUAUCGUAAAAGGACAACCAUCCCAAGUUGAACGAGAUGCUAGUCGCCUUUCCAGUCCGUCGCCUGAAUUUUUCGAAAGUUCCACUAGACCGUGGGAUGUACCACCGAUAACAAAUAAAUAUAUGGGGAAUGAGUUACCCAGAUAUCAACAAAAUGGGCAAAAUCAAAAUUAUAAUGAAGGAAGUCAUCUACAACCGAAUCAAAAUUGGCAAAAUCUGCCUUGCAAUAGGCAAUGUGGAGGACUGGUCAGCAAUAAAAUAAAUGAACUUGUCAAGCAAACACAGAAAACGGAUACACCUCCAAAGCCAGUAUAUCAACUAACUCAUGAUCCUGAAUCCACUCUGCGCAAGAUUCUGCGGAAUUCACCUGAAAUGUUGGCAACUCCAACAUUUAUGUCGGACGAUGAUUACAACGAAGGACCCUUCCGCUUUAAGCAACUACUACGACCCACACUAGGACCCACCGAAAGUCUUCGUAAAAGAAAAGUACGGAACCCAUCCGUAAAAAGCCCUUGGACGUCGGACAGUUCGCAAGACAGCUCUAGUUCUAACCAAGCACUGUAUAAUAAACGUCGUCCUAAAAUUAGUAUGGGAGUAUAUUAUAGUUGA